AUGGGCUCGGAGCGUAUUGAUCCGGCAAAGCACUUCUUUCAGGGUAGAAAGCCCGGGCCAGGCCCUUUGAAAGACGACGACAUUGACUCAACACUUGGUGGUUUGCUUGGUAAAACGUUUCCAUCAUGCUGCCCUCCGGGUGUUCAGCCAAAUACCAGGAUCAUAGCUAUCUGUGGUAUAGCCGACUGGGUUAAUAAGCAUACAGUCACCGAUAUUCCUCCACCUGUUCUCAAAAUUCAGGUCAAGAGCCCCGUCAAGAAUGUACUCUUGAAGAGCAAGGAUUUUUUCUCAAAGUCGCGUCGUGAUGAGAGGAAGGAGUUGAAGGUCGCUAAGGAUUCACAGACGACGCAAAGAGGCAUGGCCUCUCCGCACCACGAUGGGUGGUUCUUUUCGGAUCUUUUCUUAUUUUACCAGUUAUUUGAGGGUGUAGGUUCAAACCAAUUGUGGUUCACCUGUGAGUCACCAAGCCGAUUAGUUGCCAAAUACGACAAGUACUUGCACGGUGGUCCGAAUGAUCGGCGAGUUGUGAUGGAACAAGUACACUUGGACGCAGUCCGCCAACAAGGCAAUUUCAGGGUGUCUUCGAGGGGAGAUCUUCUUGAAGAUUUCUUGAGAACACUACGUGGGGAGUUCCAACUCGCUCAAGAAUUGAAUCAACCUGUCUUACUUCUGAUCUUUGGACAUGGAGACAUGGAUACUUAUGGCGUUUGCAUUGGAGGAGAAACGGACGAGGAAAGCGCGCCUCGUCUCAGGGUUGAGACACUCAAGAGUAUGCUAAGUAAGUUCGAUAUCUCGGUCACGUUAAUGAUGACCUCGUGUCACUCUGGUGGAUGGCUCUACACGCCAGACCUGAACGUCUCUGGGCUGACAUCAGCUGGACCGGGCCAAGAGUCAUUCUCAUGGCCAAACACAGUGGGUGGUAGAGCUCAUGGCUCCUUGUGGGCCACAGCCGUCACCUAUGCUUUGAUCAAAUUUGAAGAUGAACGUCUCACCCAGCCCAAUCCGUUGCCCCAGAAAGGUUUUGUUGAUCCUGAGUUGACCCAGACGUCAAGUACUUUUGCCAACUUGUCCCGGGUCAUCCGAGAGACUCUCAUUCACGAUGUCGCCUCAAAGACGUACCAACACCAGGUACGUUUUGCCGCACAAGACGAUGCUUGGGAAGACGAGUGGAGAGCACGCUCUGGAAUCCCCUUGGUAGAUUUUCGUCAUCGAUGGACUUCGCUACAACAAGUCUCUGGGCCCAAUGUCUGGGGCGACAAGUCUAUGAAAGCUAACGCACCGAAACAUCAAGACUCUACGCCUGGUUAUUACAAUUGCAAGCAUGAACUCAACGAAGCACAAGCACGUUCGAUUGUGGCGGACCUUGCAGAAGCGUAUAUGAGCAGCUUCCCAGGACGAGACGAGGCUGGGUCAAACCACACCGCACAUGCUCUAGCAAAGCAAAUGAUCUCGAAAGAACCGAUGAGCAACGGUGAGGUCAGAGGGGUGAACAACACUCUACGUCACCGGAUGGAUAAGAUGAAAGUGGCAACAGCGAUUGUCCAAGCACUCGGGGUGGAUUUCCCUAACUGUGAAGACUUCAGCGUCGAGCAGUGGCAAGAAGACAUAUGGGCGGAAGGAAGUGGGAAAGGAAAGGGUAAAGCCAACCGGCAUCCUAAAGAGGAGCUUUUCUACUCCCUAUUUCGCCAAAUUGUCGAUUCGCAGCUUUUGCCUCCUCAGGACAAUCAACUCAGCUAUCCGAAAGCAGAACGCUACCUUGCGAUUGCAUUUGUCGAGAAGUUCGAAGUGGAUGAAGCGAGGAGAAUGAUUGAAGUUAUGAAGAGAGGAAAGGACACUUGGAUCCAGGAUCUAAUGGCAUUGAUUCGAAACGAACGACAAGUUCGUCAAGCCGCCCGACAACAUUUUGAGACUCUGGGCAAACGCCUUCGGUCUCCAUCUCCACGCAAACGUGGACCGAUCCCUUCUUUUGGACAACUCACCAUCGACUAG